AUGCCCCCACCACUGUCUUCGCGGCUGAGCCCUACUCUCCUGUACAUUGCAAUGGACGAUCUACGAAGCAUCUUCUGGACCUUGGCAGUAUCAUUUACAGCUUACAUACUAAUGCGUCGGCGCUUUGACCCGCUUCGUUCUAUCCCGACUGUUGGAGGCCCCUCUGUGCCAGGAAUAUUCUAUCCUAAUCUGGCGGCAUUCAACUUCGUUCGAAAUGCCAAAGAACUGCUCACUAUUGGCCAUGAGAAGUACCGAGGUGCAGCUUUCAAAGUCGCUUUCAUGGGUCGAUGGAUAGUAGUUGUGAGCGACUCUAAACACCUUGACGAGAUCAAAAGUCACCCGGAGCUGUCGAUUGCCGAAGGCCUUGACGAAUUCCUUCAACUUAAACACACCAUUGGCGCCACUGCCCAGAGUGACCGGUUCCAUGUCAACGCUAUCCGCGACCAGCUAACGCGGUCAUUGAACGUCGUUAUGCCUGCUGUUGCGGAAGAAUUGGCGUUAGCGAUCCCUGAGUAUAUUCCAUGCACUGGUGAUGGCCCAUGGAUUAGCGGAGCACGUCGGAGCAUCCAACAGACGGUUGGAAUCCUCAAGCCCAUCUUUGACGAGCGGAAGACAAAGUUACAGGAGUACGGAGCGGACUGGACAGACAGGCCAAGCCUUACACAUGCCUUGUACGACCUGGCAACGCACCCAGGGUUUAUUCAGCCCCUUCGGGAUGAGAUCGAGUCUGUAAUCGCAGCUGACGGGUGGACAAAACGGGGAAUGAAUAAUUUGUGGAAGCUUGACAGCUUCCUCAGGGAGUCUCAGCGCGUGAACGGGCUUUUCCUUAUUUCGCUGGCGCGCAAGGCCAUGAAGGAUGUCACUUUGCACGAUGGGACCUUCCUCUCCAAGGGGACUUUCAUCGUCGCGGACAAAUGUACCGUGCACAAUGACGACAACAACUAUGAGCAAGCGGACCAGUUUGACCCCUUCCUAUUUGCGCGCAUGCGUGAGGUUCCCGGGGAGGACUUGAAGCAUCAGUUGGCGACCACAUCCCGGGAAUACUUACCGUUUGGCCAUGGAAAGCAUGCUUGUCCCGGAAGGUUCUUUGCCUCAAUGGAGCUGAAGGCAGUCAUGAGUUACCUAUUGGUCAACUACGACAUCGCAUUGGACGGGAGCCUGCGACCGGAAAACCAGUACUUCGGGAUUGAUAUCAGUCCUGAUCCCAGCGGGAGGGUUCUGUUCAGACGCCGAGAGCCUCGGGGUCCUUGA